AUGCGCUUCCUCACGUCUUUGAAGGGGCAAUUCCGCCCGGAGGUCCAAGCCCCCGACGAAGAAGCAGACGACGACAUCACAGCUUCCGCAGAACCUCGGGAUGUUGAAGCCGGUGGAAAGAAAGACCAUGAACUCGAUGAUCACGAUGUUGAUGACAAGCUCAGGGGCUCUGGGCCCGUAGAGUCUGGUGUUGGCACCAUCCAAGCAGCUCAAGCGAUCUGGGGCAAGAAGGGAAGAUGGCUGGUGAUCACUGGACUAGCUAUUGUGAUGAUUGUAUAUGAAUUCGAUAACACUACUGUGGCUAUAUACAACAACUAUGCUACAUCGUCAUUUUCGGCGCUUUCCAAGUUGGCAACGCUUGGUACUGCCAGCGGCAUUGUAUUCGCGGUGAUCAAGCCUCCCGUGGCUAAGCUGUCCAACGUUAUGGGUCGAGGCGAAACAUACAUUAUGACCAUCUCGUUCUAUGUCCUAGGGUACAUCCUGAUGGCAACCUCAAAAGAUUUUAACAGCUAUGCCGCGGGUGCGGUCUUCUACACUGUCGGCCAAUCCGGCACGAAUAUCAUGAACGACAUUGUGAUCGCCGAUAUCACGACCGCGAGGUGGCGUGGCUUUGCCAUCAGCUUCUCGUUCUUCCCUUUCUUGAUCACGCCAUGGGCGGCGGCCUUCAUAAUCGAGGACGUGACAAGGCCCGGCGGCAUUGGCUGGCGUUGGGGAAUCGGCAUGUUUGCGAUCCUCAUGCCUAUCGGGGGUGCUUUCAUCAUCGCAACUCUGCUCUAUUUCCAACGAAAGGCUGAGAAGGAAGGUCUCACACCCUCCCAGAAGAUGACCCUGUACAGCUUUUGUUCCCAAAUCGACUUGGGAGGCUCGACUCUACUAUCUGCCGGUUUUGCAAUGCUUUUGCUGCCGUUGACUUUGGCUUCGGGCAGCGCAAGCGCUUGGAGAACGCCGUACAUCAUCGCUCUCAUCAUUCUCGGUGGCAUUGUUCUCAUUGCACUACCCAUUUACGAAAAUUUCCUGGCCAAACACCCGAUCAUGCCCCCACACUACUUUCGCAACCGGACUAUCGUUUUGUGCCUUUUCCUCAUCGCUAGCGACUCCAUCGGUUUCUCAUGCACGCACACUUACUUGUAUUCCUGGUCUACCGUUGCUCGCGGAUUCGCUGCUCGAGAUGCAACUUUCUUUCAAUACACCAACGGCGUGGUGCAAUGCUUGAUGGGAAUCCUGGCUGGCCUUGCUAUGGCAUACACUCGGCGGUACAAAUGGCUACUGAUUGCUGCAGCUGGUAUCAGAAUGAUUGGCUACGGCGUCAUGUUACGGCUACGAGGAGCCGAUAACUCAGUCGCGGAACUCUUUGUGGUCCAAAUCAUUCAGGGCUUGGGCUCUGGUAUCAUGCAGCUUUCAGUCCUUGUGCCUGCACAAGUCGUGGUACCGCAUCGCGAGAUGCCGCAAAUCACCGCCCUUGUCAUAUGCUUCUCUAUUAUAGGGGGUAGUAUUGGCUCCUGCAUUGCUGGAGGUAUCUACACCAACACGUUCAAGCCAGCCUUGUACAAAUAUCUCGGUGAUGGCGCUUCGACUGAACUCAUCGACUCUCUGUUUGACUCGAUUGUUGGGACUGCGCCUGCAUGGGGAACGCCAGAGAGAACCGCGAUAAAUCAUGCGUUUUCCGAUGUCAUGAGAUCUAUGGUGUACACCGCUGUAGGAGCAUCAGCGCCAGCCCUUGUGUUGGCAUGGUUUCUGCCAAACUUCGAGCUACCUGAUCGGAAUAACCUCGUUGAAGAGUGA